AUGCCCAACGCUCCAUCGCCAACCUGGACGGUGUACUCCAACGGGUGGUCCAACACCGUUACCAGGUUGUAUGCAUCCAAGAGCCGCUGGUCCUCUUUGGCAAGCAUCGGCAACAAACGCUCCCAAGCCCGCUCUGGUCUCAGUGUUGGCCAGGCGCAUGACAACGGCUGGGCUAGCUUCGGGGCUCUCGCCAUCAAUUGUGGCGGGAGCUGCGCCAUCCAGGGCUACCACGGGCUUCUGGUGACACUCGAUGUGGUCUCGGCGUAUCCCUCUGUCCAGCCGGCAAUACUCAGCGAGGUUCUGGCAGACCAAGGCUGGUCCGACUGGGUCUGCAGAAUAACAGCAGAUUUCUGUCUGGAUCAACGCUUCUCCUUUGAAUGGGCCCAGACAACCUUCCGGUCAGACACGGGGCUCCCACAGGGCUCCCCAUGGUCCCCAAUUCUCUUCAUGCCCUACUGUCUCCCAUUCAUAACGCCGCCGCAACCGGAGUCCUCCUUCAUGUAUAUGGACGACCAAGCACAGCUGACGUGGAGCAAAAACCUCGUGCAAAUGGCACACCACACCUCGCUCAGGGAUGCUCAGCUCUGCACCAAGAUCCAGGGCCUCGGCCUCUGA